CCAGCCACCACCACACAGCACAUGUGGGCUGAGGGUCUCACUCAGUCCCUUCCUUCCCAACUUCUUACCCCUGGCAGCUGCUCAAAACUUCCCAAUCCAGGCCUCCUGCCCGCCCUCUUGGGCCUUGGAGGAGGGGGUGAGGGAAGAAGGGAGGGCAGCCUGGCGGGCCCACCCCCUUUUGCCUUUCCAGGCUGGGAGGCUGGGCCAGUGGGCCUUUUAACCAGCCUGGGCGGGCUGUGCCGGACACCAGCCCUGGACGCAGUGCCUGGCUCCCGUGGUCCUGGCAGCCGCCAGCCCGGCCAGCCCAGCCAGCAUGCAACAGCAGCCCCCACCCGGGCCCCUGGCCCCUGCAGCCGAGCCCACCAAGCCCCCCUACAGCUACAUAGCCCUGAUCGCCAUGGCCAUCCAGAGCUCCCCGGGGCAGCAGGCCACGCUCAGCGGCAUCUAUCGCUACAUCAUGGGCCGCUUCGCCUUCUACCGCCACAACCGGCCCGGCUGGCAGAACAGCAUUCGCCACAACCUGUCACUCAACGAGUGCUUUGUCAAGGUGCCCCGUGACGACCGCAAGCCAGGCAAGGGCAGCUACUGGGCACUGGACCCCGACUGUCACGACAUGUUCGAGCACGGCAGCUUCCUGCGCCGACGCCGACGCUUCACCCGGCGAGCAGGUGCCCAGGGCGCCACGGGCCUGGCCAAGGCACGCCGAGGGCCCCUCAGAGCCACCAGCCAGGAGGACCCCGGAGUCCCCGAUACCACGACGGGCAGGCAGUGCCCGUUCCUGCCGGAGCUGCCAGAGCCCAAAAGCCUAACCUUUGGGGGGCUGGUGGGGACCUUGCCAGCCAGCAUGUGCCCGGCCACCACUGAGGUCAGGCCCCGGCCAUCUGCGGAGCCCAAAGAGAUGCCCACACCCAAGCCUGCAGGCUCAGGGGAGCUCCCCAUGGGCACCUCAUCUUCCUCGUGCCCGGCCUUCGGCUUUCCUGCCAGCUUCUCGGAGGCUGAGGGUUUUAGCAAGGCCCCUACGCCCAUCCUGACCCCCGAGGCGGGCCUUGGGAGCAGUUACCAGUGCCGGCUGCAGGCCCUGAAUUUCUGCAUGGGCACCGACCCCGGCCUGGAGCACCUCUUGGCCUCAGCAGCGCCCUCCCCGGCGCCUCCCACCCCUCCCGCUUCACUGCGGGCCCCGCUGCCCCUGACAGCCGAUCCCAAGGAGCCCUGGGCUGCAGGCAGCUUCCCUGUCCAGGGAGGCUCUGGCUUCCCGUUGGGGCUGACCCCCUGCCUAUACCGGACACCAGGAAUGUUCUUCUUUGAGUGAAGCCGGCCUGGCCUUGGGCAGUCCCUGCCACUCCGCCCUCCAGGCUGAGCCUGGCUGUCGGAUCGGGGAGCUCUCAAAGGACCCAGGGCUGGCAAGGCAACGACAACUGCGACAGGAAGCCAAGAUGGGAGUGUGAACACUCAACCCGCCCCCAGGACCUCCGGACAGACUGGGGGGAGGGGAAGCAGAGCCCCCGUAAGGUGUCCUCUGUGGCUCUCAGCCAAUAAAGCCAGUUGAUGAUGA